AUGUCGCAAGUACACGCCCUCUCCGACGACCAGGUCGCCGGCGAGCUGAAGAAGAUGACGGCCUUUAUCCGCCAGGAAGCCAUGGAGAAGGCCAACGAAAUCCGCCUCAAGGCCGACGAGGAGUUUGCAAUCGAAAAGUCCAAGCUAGUGCGCCAGGAACAGGCCUCCAUCGACUCGUCGUACGAGAAGAAGUUCAAACAGGCUAGCAUGUCGCAGCAAAUCACCCGCUCCACCGUCUCCAACAAGAGCCGAUUACGCAUCCUCUCUGCCCGUCAGGAGCUGCUCAACAAGCUGUUUGAGCAGGCCGAGAAGAAGCUGGGCGAUGUAUCAAAGGACAAGAAGAAGUACCAGAGCGUCAUGAAGGACCUGAUUGUUGAGGGUGCAUAUGCGCUCAACGAGGACAAGCUGCAGGUCAAGGUGCGGAAGGCCGACUACGACCUUACCAAGAAGGCUAUCGAGGAGGCGCAGACCGAGUACAAGAAGAACAUUGGCAAGGAAGUCUCCAUCACUAUUGAUGAGAGCGACCCGCUGCCUGAGGGAUCUGCUGGUGGUGCCAUGAUUGUCGGAACCAACGGCCGAAUCGAUAUCAACAACACCUUCCAAGAACGAUUGAAGCUACUCGAGUCCCAGGCUCUGCCGUCCAUCAGGGUCACGCUUUUCGGAGAGAAUGAGAACAGGAAGUUCCACGACUAA